AUGGCUAUGACCUACUUUUUAAGUUCUUUGUUAUUCCUUGCAAUCAUCAAUGGAAUCCAUGCAGUGAACUACUCAGUCACCAUUAAGACUGCAUCCGGUGCUCGAUUUGACCGAGACAUUGGUGGCCAAUACACCCUUCAAACUCUUGAUUCUGCCACCAAUUUCAUCUGUAACGAUAUCCUCAAGAUCAACUGCCCCAUCAACCGCAAAGAUGUCCAACACAUCAGCAUAUUCGUCGCUGAUGACAUGGAUGGAGACGACGUUGCAUAUCAAGACAACAAUGAGAUCCAAGUCAAUUCCAGGUACAUAGAAGGUUACUCUGGUGAUGUGAAAAGAGAAAUCACUGGAGUGUUGUAUCAUGAAAUGACCCAUGUUUGGCAGUGGAAAGGUAAUGGACAAGCUACUCAAGGAUUAGUUGAAGGAGUUGCUGAUUAUGUGAGGCUCAAAGCUGGGUUUGCACCUAGUCAUUGGGUGAUGUCUGGCCAAGGUAGCAGUUGGGACCAAGGCUACGACGUGACAGCUCGGUUUCUUGAUUACUGCAAUUCUCUUAAAGAUGGGUUCGUGGUGGAACUCAACAAGAAGAUGAGAGAUGCUUAUAGCGAUAGCUAUUUCUGUGACAUGCUAGGAAAAUCUGUGGAUCAGCUCUGGGAGGAUUACAAGGUCAAGGUUCGACCUCGUGUUAUACCGAACCAUGGUGCAAAGGUAGAUCGUGGAGCUCAUGACCUAGAGACCGAUCAAGAUCGAGAUCGACCAGGAUCGAUACCGAGCACAAUCGAGGGAAACUUACCGAGCCAAAUAACGGAAAGCCGAAAUAUCCGCAAUUGGACGAGGAUCAUGGCGGAAAUCCCGGCACGUAUCAAGAAGAGGCUGAUUAAUUAG